CCUCAGAGCUCUCUGAUGCCCCAGACUUUUCCCUGCUUUUACCCCCGUUGCUCAGGUGCUUUCACUCCUUUUCCAGAAGGCAGGCAUCCUACCUCCAGUCGUUCUUUCCCCCCCACCCCUUUGCUUUCCUCCAUCUUGCCAAACUAGUUUGAGUCCGCCACACCCCCUUCUGAGCUCCUGGGGCCUUUUGGGUGGUGGCUGGCCACCCAACCCCACCCCUAGGCUUGGCUUGGAGACCUGAGUCAGCUCCAACUCCACCUAAGCCAAAUCAAACCUGAGGCAGGAGCCGAAACUCAAAGUCCCUCGAGGCCUAUAGCCAGGUGAUGGAGGACGAGGAGAAGGCAGUGGACACCUUGGUGAGCAACAUGGGAGCUGCUCAUUCUCCAUCCCCCAUCCGCUGCUGCUGGCUCCGCCUCCGCUACUUGGCAGCUACUAGCAUUAUCUGUGGCUGCUCUUGCCUGGGAGUCGUGGCCCUUGUGUUUGCCAUCAAGGCGGAAGAGCGGCAUAAGGCAGGCCGGUUCGAGGAGGCAGUGCACUGGGGGGCCCGGGCCCGGAACUUCAUCCUGGCCAGCUUUGCCGUCUGGCUUGCUGUCCUCAUUCUGGGCCCCCUGCUUCUGUGGCUGCUCUCCUAUGCCAUCGCCCAGGCUGAGUGACCCUGGGUGGCCUCUGCUGAGAGUCAGCGAGACCUCCUGGAUCCUGCAGUGCGGCAUUGCUAGGGUCUGAGGCCGGCAGUGGUCCUUCCUGGCUGGAAGGAUGGUGCCUCUCUCAAAGGUCUUUGGAAGAACUCUUCUAGACCUUUCUAAAAGGAGGCAGCAGCUGAAACUGUUGAGGGGAGGCCAGCCUGCUCUGUUCUUUCAGUGUCCACCAUCCCCUAUUUCCCCCAGCCUACUACAUCCUAGGGGCCUCAACCCAGAGGUGGGGUUGAAGACCAGGCCUGAUUUUAUUAGAAUUUGUUUUGUAAUAAAAAUCUUUUUUAGUGGUGAAA